CUUGCAGGUGAUCUCGUCCUUCACGUAUUCUUCUCGAUCUCGUCAUGGAUGCUGCUCCUCUAAUCGCAGUAAACGAAACUCGUCCUCGGCCGCAGAUAUCGGAGCACUUGGCCAGGGUUGAAUGAAGCUGGAAAGCAUCAAUAUUUUCCAGGACAUGGUCGCCUUGAUCAAGCUCUUGAGCACCAAACAUCAAUCGAUGCAUUCUUCAAGGUCGUCACCAGCCGCCCGUCGUUCACAACCGAAAUACAACAUCCGCGCUGUCAACAAAUACAAUGUAAAACGUAUACCUAUCCCAGUCCGUGACUUUGUUUCCGAUCCUCGUCUCAUCGUUAUUCAUUCCUUCGAUGCCAUCAAGCCUGGUGCAGAGGUCGAUGAGCUCAAAAGUGGCGUCCCCAGUGGUUCUGUCUUCACAGACGUCCUACUGGCUAGGCAAGAAGUCCAGAUUCGUCCGGUGAAAAACACUCAGGGCCGGAUCCGCUGCAAGACCAUUUUUAGCAGGAUCGUCUCUCUGCACGCCGAGAACAAUCACUUACAGUUCCAGCUGAUUGGUAUUGGAACCAAGAUCGAGCCUGCGCUGUGCAGAGCAGAUCGUCUCGUUGGUCAAGUAUUGGGCGCAAUUGAGAAGCUCUCGAGGGUCUAUACUGGUGAGCAUCCUGGUUUUGGAUAUGCUAUCCCGUUCUAAAGAGAAUCUAGAGCUUGAAAUGUGUUCGUUCUUUCUCUGCCGUUUACUGGGCAUUCGUAUAGAGGAGAAGAAAGAAAGAAAGGUCUCGAAACUCGCCAAGAACGAGCUCCUGCUGAUCGACAUUGGGUCGACAUUGGCUGAUGGGCGAGUAUUGGAGAGGGGAUCUCGUGAAGGUUCAACUGACUUUACCCGCAUGUACUGAGGUUGGAAAGGAAGUCACGCUUUUGAGACGUGUCGAGAAUCGUUGGUGGCUUGUGGGCAAGUGUUUCUGUCGACUUAGUACACUGAUUCGCUACCUACUUGAUGUGAUCGGAGCCAAUCUACAUAUAUAUCAUUUGACAAGA